UGCCCCAAAACGCCCAAACGGUCCAAUCAAAUGAAUCGGCUUUGCUUUUCCGGCUGCACCUCGCUCUUCCCCCGAACCUCAUAACUGGCCUUCAACUCUUCCAAUGCUGGGCUCCUUUAUCCGGCCCGCCGGAGCCGCCGUGGCGGCUAUCCGUCGAAGCUCUUCACUCCUUCCACCUCCGCCAACGAUUUUCGCCGUCGCAUCUCGCACCUAUGCGAGGGCGAAGACCCCCAAGGCCACCUCCAAAAAGGGAAAGGUUAUGGUGAAAGGACCUCGAACUGGAGGAGGUGAUGAAGCUGCUGUUGAUUCCUCUUCCACAGAAGAUAUGAACGCUUCUUUUGAACUUCCCACUGAUCCGCUGCCCUUCACUUACGAUCCUGCCCUCGACGUCGGACCUGGCGGCCGUCCUCUCUUCAGCGUCACCGAAUCCUUUAAUCCACUAACCCGCAAGCAAGCUAACACAUAUGUCGAUUUCAGUUUAGAGGAAUGGAAUGCGAUGCUUCCGGAGGGUUUACCAGCGGGGAUGAAGAAGGAGUUUGAGGAGACGCGGCGCUGUGCUGUGAUGGUGCGACAGAGUUUCUUAGAUUUACGUGAUAAUUUCCGGCGUAUCUCCAACCCGCUGCUGCGGCCUAGUAAGAAAAAUGCAAAUAUUAAGAAGCAAAUAAUUUUGGAUGGCCCAGUUAGUUGUGGAAAGAGCAUAACACUUGCUAUGCUUGUACACUGGGCACGCAGCGACGGAUGGCUAGUGUUGUAUGUUCCUAGAGGUAAAGAAUGGACGCAUGGGGGAUUCUUUUACAGAAAUCCCUAUAGUGAUCUUUGGGACACUCCUGUACAGGCUGCAAAAAUCCUACAGGAUUUUCUGAAAUUUAACGAAGCUCGUUUACAACACUUACCCUGUCAAAUUUUUGAUCCCAUCACCUUGGGAGAGGGUGCCGGUGUUGGAAUGAUGAAAGGAGUUGAUUCCAUGGAAAUGCCGGAGGGUUCAACAUUAUUUGAUCUUAUUCAAACCGGGAUUGCUUAUACACAUGCUUCAGUUGGUAUAGUGGUUCGUUUGAGGAAAGAGCUGUCCCUGGUGAAAGAUGUUCCUGUUUUAUUCGCUAUUGAUCAGUAUAACAACUGGUUCACAUUCAGUGAAUACGAAGAGCCUGUAACCGUUCGAUCAACACGACCAAUUCAUGCCAAGGAACUUUCCACGGUAAAUGCUUUUAGAUCGAUGCUGCAUGAUGACUUGAUGGUAGGAGCUUUUUCUCAUUCAACGGCUGUUGGAAAGUUACGCCAAGAACUUCCCGAUGUACCGUUAGAUGCACGUGUUGUAUUGCCUCGUUAUAACUUGGAUGAGGCUGCUACAGUGUGCCACUAUUAUCUUAGGCAAAACCUCAUUCAUCGCGAUAGAUUUUCUGAAGAAAAGUGGAAGAAGAUGUAUUAUUUAUCAAAUGGAAAUGGAUCAGAGAUGAGAUGGUUGGCUCCCUUCAUCUAAUUUUGCAAUAGAGAAGACCAGCACAGUUCUGCAUCGCUAUGCUGUCGCAAAAAACAACUUUCGAGGUACAGGCAAAUUUUAACACCUUGUUACAUUUAGAAGAUCAAUCUCCCUAAAAGGAAAUUCGAAAUUCUAGUUCGGUUGUUCAAAAUGUUGCGUGUAUUGUGUUCAGAUCUCCAUGAUUUUUUGGCUAGGCUGAACCGUGUAUGAUUUAUGAGAUUGUUAUUAUUAAUUUAUAUA